AGUCAAAUAAAUCAAAAGUUUAUAGACACCAACGUCUUUCUCUCGCUUGUGAGUUACAAGCAAAACCCUUGAAUCGUAGGUUACAGUUCAUCAAUUGGUAUCAAAGCCUGGUUGCGCAUCCUACUGGGAAAGGUAACAUGGUUCUUGACCUAGCUCCGUACCGCACCCUAGCGCGGAACGCAAAGAUGGCACUCGAGCAGACCAAAGUUGCUUGUGCGCAGCUAGCAAAGUCGCGUGAAAGGUUCACGACAUUCUGCUUUGAACGAGAGCUGAACGCCAACCGCGCAAUCGUCUCCGGAGGAGAGCGCAACGAAGACGAUGUGGCCCGCGUCGACGCCAAUGAAAUCAGGGCAGCGGGGGAUAUUAAGAUCUCUGUCAACGAGGUCGACGGGAAGGAAACAGUGCGCAAGGGUGAUUAUCACUUAGCCGAGGCUCUCACCCAACGAUAUAGAAGCGAUGGGAAGGAAACAGUGCGCCGCGGUGGUCACCACCUCGACGAGGCUCUCACCUAUCAAUCUGGAAGCUGUACGAAGGAGGAGAUCGAGGCUGGAACAGGGACCAAUAGAAGCGGUGUUGUUGGUGGCAACUGAAGCUUUUUAGAUUCGGCUGAAAGGCCGCCGUCGAUGCAGCGUGCGUCAGAUGGACGUUUGGAAUAUGAUGGCUCGGGUUUGCGUAGGACACUGCUUAUCCCUCAAAUUAAACACACAAGAAGAGAAUUUGCAUCGGACCAAGAUGAUGAUUAUGGAGGCCGAUCAAGCCUCAUUUUAUUUGCCCAAGCACUAGCCAUUUUGCCAAAGGAUUUUGUAUGUAUGUUGCACCUCAAACUGCCGAGUUUAGAGUCCCAAUAAUGUGGCUAGCAAUCCAUGCCCUAGUCAUCAGAAGGAAGACAAACAAAGGUCGAUAUGCAAACUGGAAGUUCCGGAAGCGACGCAAGUCUGGUCGUCGUAAGAGCUGCAACUGCUUUUAUCGUCGACCUCCACGUCUCGGCAUGUUCAGAACCUAGGGGACCAAGGUUCUUCGAGGGGGAAGGAUUGAUGAGAACAUUUUGGGUGGGUAGUCUCGGUUUGGGCUAGGGUGUUUUCCUUUUGGGUCAAGUUUUCCUGAGUCGAAUAGGGGUAGGACUAGGUUACGUAUUAGACUUUCUUGAGUCUAUAAAUAUGUAACUUUGGC